AUACAAUGUGUGGUAAACUGCCCAAUUACAAUUAUCGUAAUUUUUGGAUUGUAUUUUCCACUUUUAACUAGGAUGAUUAUCUGCUGCGACAAAAUAUUCAAUUUCGUGAACGAUACCAGCAUUUGAAAUGCCUUACCAUAUUAAUUUAAUUUUCUCUAACGUAACUCACAGGUGCAUCGAAAGAGUAUAAGUUGGUUGGUUGGACUAGUAUAAAGGGUUCUGCUAUCUAAUUAAGAUUUAAAAGAUCAAUAUAUCAUUAUUAAUUAGUAAUGUUUUGGUAAUGUAAAUAUAAGAUUCACAUCGUCACCAUCUCAUCCAGUUUAUAUUUGGUUGACAAUGUGAAACCAAGAAAAUUCUUGCUGUUCUGAAUGAUAUCUGCUUCCAGUGACUGCCUGUACAUAGCUGUGUUGAAAUGCGGAUUUACAUACGGUAAUUAUCCCAGAGAGAGGAAAGUCGAUAAGUCAAUCAUAUGGCGAGAUGUGGCCUCUCACCCGGUUACGUGUCCAUGUCCGGUGUGGAAUUAGUCAGUAAGUUAUUUGUUUCAGGUGCAUUGACUUGAUGGAGGUGCGGUUACAUGAACCACCUAAUGAAAAUUAAUGAAAAAGUUUGCUUAAUCACAUAUCUAAUUGCGUAAUCUCUAAACGUAUAUCUAUAUUUUCCUACAUGGCAGGGGUGAGCAACCCCAUUUAUUCUUCCUACAUGGGCCUAUCCGUUGUGGUGUUAGCUAACACAUGUUACAUCUCUAGUAAUCAAAUUGGGUACGCAAAAAUAGUAGCUGCUCGCAUAUCUUCAAUUAUCAGUGACUGUUUGUACAGUGCCUUGUUUAGGUCGAAAACCGCAACUAAGCAACGAAUAAAUAUUCUCGCUAUUUGGGGCUUUUCUUUCACUUUUGUACUUGGAGUUUGAUAUUGUGCAGAUCUUUUCACAAUUUAUCUGUUGUUAUUUUUGAAGAAUUGAAUUGAUUUACAAACUUGACUAUCGGCAGUUUCAAUUCUUCAGCAUAAUUAGAUUGCUUAGUUGGUAAUUCUCACUGAUAUUUUCCUGGAAGAUAUACAAGAUGGAGCAUAAAAUCAACAUUGAUAAGAACAAUUGCAUGUCAGUAGUUUUCCAAGAACUCAAUAAAAUGAGAGAAGAUCCUGAACGAUGUGACUUUAAAAUACUAGUUGGUUCUGAAAAAAUUCUUGCUCACCGUAAUAUUUUAUCUGCAAAUUCAAAAUAUUUCGAAGCAAUGUUUACACACAACACAAAGGAAAAGCAAUCGGGUGAAGUUACAUUGGUACAAGUUGACCAAGUUUGUGUGAAAAAGUGUGUCGAUUACAUGUACAGUUGUGAAAUUUCAUCUCCAUAUGAAAAGCUUGGUGAUUUAUUACAUGCCGCCACUAUGAUGCAACUGCAGGAAGUUUGUGAUGGCAUAAUUGACCUCCUUGAAGAAAACCUGGAUCCAGAAUCAUAUUUUGUUACCAAGAAACUAUCAAGCAUGUAUAACCUAAAGUUACUUGAAGAAAAAUGUGAUGAAUUUGCUUUGAAAAACUUUGAAGAAAUCUCCAAACUAGGAGAUUUUAAUGAUCUUAGUCAAAUGGAAGUUGCAAAAAUGAUCGAAUCCAAGAAGUUGAAAGCUUCUGAAGAAGUAAAACUUAAUGCUGUACUAAUUUGGAUCAAGUUUGACUCUGAAGAUCGCAGUAAAUAUGCAAAUGAUUUGAUCGGCCUUGUUGAGUUAUCCAAAGUAUCUCUUGGAUGUCGGAGACAUCUUAUUGAAAAUGAACUCAUAAUAAAUAAAAGCUUUGAUUUGCUGUCUCGAUUCAGUAUUUCUGUAAUGGAUUCAGUAAAAAUCAAGCCAACCAGUAUGGUUGAACAAAUCGCAAAUACUGAAGCCAUAGUUGUUUUUGAUGAGAUUUCUGGUCAUCUUCAGUGUUUUAACCCAACCGAUAAAUCUUGGACACAAAUGCAGGAGUUGAAUGAGAAAAUCAAGAAAGACUUCUUCUCUGCUGUUACUGCGGCUGAUUUCAUAUAUGUUUUAAUGAAAGACAAAUCAGUUUACAGAAUUAAAUAUUCUGAUAAUGAUGCCAACUGGGAGAAAAUGGCUGAUAUGCUUGAAAGUCAUGGGUCGAGUCCACCAGCUGUUGUUUACCAGAACUGGAUUUAUGUAAUUGGAGGUCAUGCCGUCUGUGAAACAGAAACUGUCGAAAAAUAUGACUUGAAUUUGAAUGUGUGGACAAAAUGUUGUGAUAAACUACAGGCUACAAGAUUCUCUGAAGUAAUAGCUUUCCAAGAUAAAAUUUAUAGUUUUGGUGGAUAUUCGUCUGGUCAAUGGAUGGAUGAAGUUGAUCAACUUGAUCCAGAAACAGGUAAUUGGACAACUAAUGGUCACAUGACUAAUGCAAGAGGGUAUGUAUCUGCUGUGAUAUUAGGUGAAAAGAUUUAUGUUUUAGGUGGAUAUACUGACAAACACCAAGACUUCGAUACUGUCAAAAUAUACAAUCCACAGCAGAAUAAAUGGAAAUCACUCAAUAAAAUGCUUGUACCUAGAGGUUUGUUUCGUACAUUUGCUAUCCAAAGUGAGAUUUAUGCUGUUGGUGGUUGGCCAGAUAACCUUGAUAGUAUGGAAAUAUACAACAUGGAUAAAGACAAAUGGGAGAUGACUGAAAUUCCUGUGGGGGUAAAACUGAAAAUAACAGAAUCGGUGAAAAUUCAGCUCAAAAUUUAA